AUGUGCCUCUGUCGUCUGCUCACGCUGCUGACGGCUUCCGUUUUUAACCUAGGCCUGUGUAUGGCUUCCAAAUACUGCUGCCUCCACCGCCACCCUGCGCCAUGUGCCUCUGUCGUCUGCUCACGCUGCUGACGGCUUCCGCUUUUUAAACUAGUCCUGUGUAUGUCUUCCGAAUACUGCUGCCUCCACCGCCACCCUGCGCCAUGUGCCACUUUCGGGUCUCCUCACACUGCUGCCAGGUCCAGAGUGUGUCAUGGGUCCCUGUACGGCCUCCCAUUGCUGCUGACUUCAUCGCCAGACUCUGCCAUGUGCCACUUUCAGGUCUCCUUACACUGUUGGUGGGUUCCAUUUUGUGAUAGGGUGCUG